GGGAGCGAGCUUCUGGUGCCGGGUGGGAGCCGCGCGCCCGACCGUUGCGGGGGGCGCGCGCGCCCCGCGGCGGGCGCCGGCGGGGGCGGCGGGGUCUGCCCCCGUCUCCUGCCCUUCCGUCCCUUCUCCUCCUACUCCCGUCCGGCCCAGCCCGGCUCCGCUCCGCUCGGCGCUGUGAUUGGGCGGAAGAUGGCGCUGGGCGGAUGGAAAUCCUAAUGACAGUCUCCAAAAUCGCCUCUAUCUGUACCAUGGGCGCCAAUGCCUCUGCUUUGGAGAAAGAGAUUGGUCCAGAACAAUUUCCAGUCAAUGAGCACUACUUUGGUUUGGUUAAUUUCGGGAAUACAUGCUACUGCAAUUCAGUUCUUCAGGCACUUUACUUCUGUCGACCAUUUCGAGACAAAGUCUUAGCAUACAAGAGUCAACCAAGAAAAAAGGAAAAUCUGCUUACAUGCUUAGCUGAUCUCUUCCACAGUAUAGCCACUCAGAAGAAAAAAGUUGGAGUAAUACCUCCCAAGAAAUUUAUAACAAGGUUACGAAAGGAAAAUGAGCUUUUUGAUAACUACAUGCAACAAGAUGCACACGAGUUCUUGAACUACCUGUUAAAUACAAUUGCGGAUAUCUUGCAAGAGGAAAGGAAACAAGAGAAACAAAAUGGUCGCCUGCCGAAUGGCACCAUUGACAAUGAAAAUAACAGCCCACCAGACCCAACCUGGGUUCAUGAAAUCUUUCAGGGAACAUUAACUAAUGAAACCAGAUGUCUUACAUGUGAAACUAUAAGCAGCAAAGAUGAAGACUUCUUAGACCUUUCAGUUGAUGUGGAGCAGAAUACUUCAAUCACUCAUUGUUUAAGGGGUUUCAGCAAUACAGAAACUCUGUGCAGUGAAUACAAAUAUUACUGUGAAGAAUGUCGUAGUAAACAAGAAGCACAUAAAAGGAUGAAAGUUAAAAAGCUGCCUAUGAUUCUAGCUCUCCAUUUGAAGAGAUUUAAAUACAUGGAUCAGCUGCAUCGAUACACAAAACUCUCUUAUAGAGUAGUUUUUCCUUUAGAGCUCCGUUUAUUUAACACCUCAGGAGAUGCCACCAAUCCUGACAGAAUGUAUGACCUUGUGGCUGUGGUAGUUCAUUGUGGAAGUGGCCCUAACAGAGGACAUUAUAUUGCAAUAGUGAAGAGUCAUGAUUUUUGGUUGCUUUUUGAUGAUGAUAUUGUUGAGAAAAUUGAUGCACAAGCUAUUGAAGAAUUCUACGGGUUGACGUCAGACAUCUCAAAGAACUCUGAAUCUGGUUACAUCCUCUUCUACCAGUCUCGGGAUUGAGGGGGAAGCUGUUAGUGAAGGGAGAAUUUUAUGCCCCACAUCUUCUCUGUCUUGGACUGGAGCAAGCACUGAACAAAAGGAAAGUGGGGAGCUCCGGGGGCAGUAGCACAGUUUGCACACGACUAAGCAAAGAGUUUGGGAUUCUUAAAACCUUUGUAUCAUUUUAAUUUUAUUUGCUCAGGUUUCAUGCUGACCACGCAUCUCUACUCCAUCCCAUAAGCAAAAAGCGAGAUACCAGCCACUCUUCCAGGAGCUUUCUGUUAGGUAAUGCUAUCUCUGUGGUCCUAAUUCAAAGCCCAUUAAGGUCACUGGAGAACCUUCUAUGGACUUCAGUGGAAUUUCAGUCAGGUUCUAGCUGCGCUGCCAGAUUGGUGCAACAGGAGCAUUAGAAAUCUGUAUUUUACACAGACUUUAUGUAUAAAAGGUAAAGGACUCUUUGUGAAUUUAGUUUCCUGUGCAUGAAUUUAAAAGAACGAGGUUGGGAGGUUUAACACGUUAGCAAGAAGUUCUGGGCUCAGUAAAAUUGCCUUCUUGAUGGUAGUAGUUUAACUGAAGAUACAAACUGGUGUCAGGGAGGCAAGUAUGUUUUGCUUCUCUGAAGAAGCUUACAUUAUUUAUAAUGUUAUGAUCGGGAACAAUCAGUCAAGAUUAUGGCUUUUAAUCUCCGUAUGGGGAAAGAUUUGGUUUGUACUAGUUUAUUUUUAUUUAUAAAUUAUUGUAACUUGUGUAUUGUCCUUUAUUCUAACAAGUAUUGGAAAUUUUAUAGAUUAAUUUGAAUUGAAACAAAAGAUGUUUAAAGGUUAAAGAAGAACCGAUAUAAAUUCUAAACCCAAUGCUUACCAUAUCUGUAAAAAAAAAGGAUAAUACAGAAGAGAGAUUUCCUUCUGGAGGAACUGGUAUCUAAGUGAGGUACUAUAUUGAAUUAAAUUAGACUAUGCUCUUUCCAUUAAUGAGUGGGGGGGGGAAAGUGACCAAAACAUUACACAGAAGACUGCAAGAACGCAUAUGAUAAGAAAAUGAUGAUGCAGUCAUGGCAUACUGGUCUACAGUUCUUUAACAAUUUGUUAAUGACUCAAAGCAAAUGGAUCCACUUCCCAAUGACAUGGGUGAUUAUCACACAAACCAUUCAAGGUUUAAUUUAUGUCGCAGUAAUAAGAAGAAAUAGGCUUGGAGUUCCAUGAGGCUGAAGGGUACCACAUUCCUUUAAAAGUAAUAAUACUUCAGUUGUGUACAGUGAGAAUUUCUGAAACCAGGCAGUUUACCAUGCUUUAGGUUUAUGAGACAGCAGUAAGAAUUAAAUCCUGAGAAAACACCUGUUCUGUAAGAAAUGUGAACUGUUGAGAUUUGACAUUCUUCCAUUACCAGUACAUGGUCUGACAGUAGCUGAAUGUAGUUUCUGGAAAGUCAUGGGAUGUGCAUUCCAGAUUGUGGCAAUCAGGUCAUGGAUGUCCACGUCACUCCCUCUUCGGCUAAUGGUUUUUUACAUUAUUGUCAUUUUCUAAGGUUAUUUUCUUGAUACUGUUACACCUUCUAAAAAGAAUGUCUUCUGUCUGCUGCUAUAACUGACUAUUUACUUAACCUGUAUCUUUUAGCUCAGGAAAUGACUUCACCUAUUCACUCAGCUGAACAAAUCUUUUAACAGGGUCACUAAAUAAAUUGGGCUAUUUAGCAACUGUCAUACUGUAACAAAUUGCUUUUGUAAAAUGCAGAGUUUCUAAAGCCUUGGUUUGGCUAGAAUUCUUUUAUAGAAAAUCAAGUAUAAUGAUCAAACUACCAGCAUUGUAGAGAAAAGCAUAAACAUGGUGGGAGAUGCAGAAAAUGAGAUUGGAUUUUUCUUGAAGAAUUCAAAUAACUUAAAAACCUUUUUGUCAGCUUUCAGUGGGAAAAAGGUUAAGAGAUGAAUCAGUUGGAUAAUGGUGCAUGUUAGAGGGAUGAAGUCCUUUGCAUACUAAAAGUACAGUAUUGUAAAAGAACUGUCACAUUACUUUGUGCUAAUUGAAACUAGGUGGGGUUUGUUUGGUUUGGGGUUUGGUUUU